AUGUUGCUGCUCUGAACCCGACGGUUCAAAAGCAGGAUACUGUUACAUCAACCAAAAGGCUACUGUUGUUGAAGUGUCUUCUGUUCAGAUGUUGCAGCUCUCUUCUCUUUCAUCCAUUUCAGUGUAUUGCCGCUACUAUUAGCAUAUGUGUUUUUACCUCUUUUGAUAUAUUAUUCAAACUAUCUUUGGGGCAUAAACAAGACAAUAUUUCACUCUGCAUCCAUAUUUCUGGCCUCUAAUUUUUCUAUUUUUUAUUUUUCCUACUAGAUCCAUUAAUGAUUUGACAGGACUUGCAACAAAAUGUCACAACCUGGACUAGUCUAUUUGAUAGGUCUUGGAACUGCGUGUUCUUAUACAGAUUUUUCACUAUGCAGGCUUGGAGGAAGCAGUCCUCAUUCCUCAAUGUCUUCUGUUCAGUGGUGAAUGACCAAAGACACCAACAACCUCAAGGCGCCAUGAGCACACAGAGCAUUAUCGCUGUGAAGCAAUUCGCUGGCCCUGACAGUAUGGCUCAAACAUGCACUACUCCACAGCCUUCAGCUCAUAGUCUGUUCAGUGCUAAAUCCGAUCACUGUGGUUCAGCGUAUGAUCUGCAAUCAUCUUGUGCUUCUGCUCAAUCCUCGAGCGUUAAGUCAGAGAUGAUUGGCUCGUUGAGUCUGACAAAGAUCCUUCCGCUUGACCUUCAUAAACGGAGUCCUGAGUCCAAUCCUGAACGUUCUGCUUCUCGCGCAUCACAAACCCAAUUGUCGGAUCCAGUUUCAUCUAGUUCUUCCUCCACAUUCCACACAAGUAUGUUCUCCUCGUUCAGGACAAGCUCCGAAUCGUGCCGGCAAAAAGGCGCUCUGCCUUUCCUACCCCAUCCUCCUAAAUGUGAGCAGCAGCAGCAGAUUUCGGCUCAGCAGUCAUCCAGUUCUUCUUCACUGCUCUUUGGUGCUGACCUCAGCAAUGGUAGUCAUGAUGAUGCUGAACAUUCAGGUGAUCUCAAGGACUUUCUUAACCUUUCUGGAGAUGUUUCAGAAGGUAGUUUCCAUGGAGAAAGCGAUGCCAUGGCUUUCAGUGAGCAGAUGGAGUUUCAGUUCUUGUCUGAACAGCUCGGAAUGGCCAUCACCAACAACGAAGAAAGCCCUCGAUUAGAUGACAUCUACGACAGACCACCACAAACCUCUUCUUGUACAGUACCAUCUUACUCUAACCAAGAAAACCUCCCGAGCCCAGUAUCUGUUGUCAAAGUUCAGCUGAGUUCAUCCCGAGCUGAAGCAUGUAACAAACCAAGACUGAGAUGGACACUGGAACUCCAUGAGCGUUUUGUAGAGGCUGUCAACAAGCUUGGAGGACCAGAAAAGGCAACUCCAAAGGGUGUGCUAAAGCUUAUGAAGGUAGAAGGUUUGACCAUCUAUCAUGUGAAGAGCCAUUUGCAGAAAUAUCGUUUCGCCAAGUAUCUUCCAGAGACAAAAGAAGAUAAGAAGUCCUCUUCAGAAGGCAAGAAAUCUCAAUUGGUAAUACCAGGAAAUGAUUCUGACAAAAAGAAGAGCUUACAAGUAGCAGAAGCUCUUCGGAUGCAAAUGGAGGUUCAGAAACAACUUCAUGAACAAUUAGAGGUGCAAAGGCAACUACAGCUGCACAUAGAAGAACAUGCAAGAUAUUUGCAGAAGAUAUUAGAACAACAACAAAAGGCAAGGGACUCCUUAUCCACUACGAGAAAUUCAACAAAAGAGAAAGAGGAAGCGCCAGAAUCCACAGAGAAAGAGGAAACCAAGAUGAAAGACGACACCUCUUCAGAUCCACUGUCAGGACGCAAAAUUUCAGAUCCUAACCUGGAAUGUGCAACUCGUGAGUCACAAGUGGAUAACAAAAGUACAAACGUUUAGGAUCUUGAGAAGGAGGCACUAUGUUCAUAUCUGCGAUGAACAUGGUGAUUGGUUGAAUGUUUGCUUCUUUUUCCUUGUAGAAUUUUAGCACUUGCGCCUAGAUACUGAUCUUUCUUCUAUGUUUCUUAUGACCAUGACCAACUAGUACUGCGGUGAGUUUACCGUUGUAUAUGAUUAAGUUUCAGAUGAAAAUGGAACAACAAUUGUUCGUACAAAAAUUCAAGAGUCUUUCUACUUCCUAUAAUUUCUGCGCGUAUUGUAAGAAUGAAAUUGUUGACUACAGAAGAA